UGCUGGUUUCCAUUUUUCAUGGAAGCAGCGAAAUCUUGCUGGUAAUUCUCUGCAAAAAUCGCUGGCAUUCUAAGAAAUCCUUCCGCCAAGCUUCGUCGAAUGUCCAUAGAAACCCUAGAUCGAUAGAUAGUCUUCUGAUCCUCCUCGAUCGAGCGCUUUGAAGCCUGUAGUUUUUCUUGAAUUUCUCUUUUUCAUGGCGUCUCGCAGGAGAAUGCUUCUCAAGGUCAUCAUCCUUGGUGACAGUGGGGUUGGAAAGACGUCUCUGAUGAACCAAUAUGUAAAUCGGAAGUUUAGCAAUCAGUAUAAAGCUACCAUUGGGGCUGAUUUCUUGACUAAAGAAAUCCAAUUUGAGGACAGAUUGUUUACAUUGCAGAUUUGGGACACAGCAGGGCAAGAAAGAUUCCAGAGUCUUGGGGUUGCAUUCUACCGUGGAGCUGAUUGUUGUGUUCUUGUUUAUGAUGUUAAUGUCAUGAAAUCAUUUGAUAAUUUGAACAAUUGGCGCGAAGAAUUUCUUAUUCAGGCUGGCCCAUCCGACCCUGAGAACUUCCCGUUUGUAGUGUUGGGUAACAAGGUUGAUGUGGACGGUGGCAAUAGCCGUGUGGUAUCAGAGAAGAAGGCGAAAGCAUGGUGUGCAUCAAAGGGUAUUCCCUACUUUGAGACCUCUGCUAAGGAGGGAUUUAAUGUGGAGGCUGCUUUUGAAUGUAUAGCAAAGAAUGCUCUUAAGAAUGAGCCAGAGGAAGAAAUGUAUCUUCCAGACACCAUUGAUGUAACUGGAGGGGGCAGGCAGCAAAGAUCAUCAGGUUGUGAAUGUUAGAUGGACCAUCUGAAGCUGCAAUUCACUAUCUAUUUUUUUAUUCAGUUACAAUAAUUUUAUCAUGAUGCAUUCUGUAAUUUGUAUAAUGGUUUGGAAGAGGAAGUUGCCUUUAUAAUGUGAUGUAUGAUUGCUUGCUAUGAA